UUCCCAUAUUAAAACCUAACAAAGAGACACGCAGUAAACAGCGCCUCUUCCAUAGAGCACAGUCCGCAGCCGGAGUUUGCAUUCGUUUCUGGUGCUGUCUGUUGAUUCCACUAAGCAAACCAAACAAGGCAGGCCCCAAGUAAUACUGUGAAAUCCAUAUUGAAGUAUAGCAAGGUGAAAGAAAGUACAAGAGAAUGGCAAAGUCUUUGAGAUCAAAGAAGGAGAAGAGGCUGAGGGCAAUUCGAAGGGAGCUUGUUGAACCUUUCUAUGACAAGAAAGAAGCUGCUAAGCUGGCUGCCCAGGAGGCUGCUCUUGCUGCACCGAAGUUGGAGGUUCCUUCGAAAUCAAAUAAUACCAUGGAUGUCACCACUUCCACUGGCAACACCAACAUGGAUGUGGAGAUGGCUGACAGCAGUCAAAUCAUGGCUUCCUUAAAGCCUGUUGGUGGAAUAGGGAAGAAAAUGAAAAAGAAAUUGAAAAUAGCUAAAAACAAGCGCCGUGGUAAGGGAAAGGGAAAAAUUGGGAAGCGCAGAAUAUGACUCCAAGUAAAGAAUGGUUGUAUUGAAGCUGGUUAAGAGCUCCUGUGCUUUUUGUCUUGAUUCAUGAAUAGUGUUCAAAUUUUGACAGAGAAGAUGAAAACCAAUGAAAUCUCUAUUGUAAGCUAAGAACCUUUAUGAAAAUGGCCUUGAAGAACUAGCCAGCCAUUUGAAUUCCUAUAUGAAAUUUACUUUUGAAGUUUCUACCAUAA